CGUGAAACGAAAUCAGUUAGGUUGCGUGUAGCGAACCACUUCAAUCUAGCAGGCGGCUACAUCAGGAGAAGACCAGAUGUAGCCAUGGUGGACCCCAAUCAAGUUGUAGAAACAUCUCAAGGAUGAUCAAUGGAAACAGGAUGCACCUGAGCUCAAUUUUGAGACUCAUAGCAAACUUAUGUGAAUAAGUCUAUAGGCCUAGUUAUGGAAUUGAAGGCCUUGCUCCAAGAACCUACUCCAGUCCCAAGAUGGAUGAAAAGGAGAUGGCCACGGGUCAACUACAAGAAAGGGACCGUGCCAGUCGACCAGUACCCAGGCUAAAUGAAGAGGGGAAGUUGCCAUUGUGAAUGGAUUGAACGACUCAUCAGGACUAAGGACACCUUGAUCAACAUUCUGAUGAAAGAUCAGCAAUAAUGCUACAGAGACUGAAUGGUUCAAUCACCUCCAGAGCCUUAUGACCAACUACCUGAAAUCUCUCCAGAGCACAAAGAAAUUUUUCCUUACUCUUACCAAUAUCUGCAAGGGCAAGCUAUUCGUAGAGUGGACGAGCUUCUGCAACUGCUGUGCGGAGAUGUACAGAAGUACUACAGUUUUUCCAUCGCAACUUUUUUCCCUCAUUCAACUUUUUCACUCCGGACGCUUUAUCUGGACAUGGUUCGUCAACACCUUCAACAGCCGAAGCUAAGUAGUAACAUUAACAUGAUGUCUUCUAAUUGCAGUCGAUGUACUCAUAAUAUACAGGAGAACGAUCGCCUUACGGCGAAAAUAGCUGUGCUGCAAGCCCAGCUUCAGACGCAAUCGUUAGGCAAGGGUAAUUUCAGUGUAGGAAAGGAAGAAACAGCGUCUGUGCCACCAGUAAGUACAGAUAGUAACGUUAGUAUAAAUCCCCCCGCACAGUCCCCGCAGCCGGACAACUUUCUCAUGGCUUCUGGAGGGAAAUGCUGUUGGAAUGCUCAACCGGUGUCGCUCAUUCAGCCGACAGAAACUUUCAACCGGUUUUCCCCAUUAUGUAGCGAGUCGGAGUCUGAGUCUGAGUCUUCUCUUGUCUCUACUCCUCCCGUUACGGGGUCUGAGACGCCGAAGGCUCCCACCAUUAGCUCUGACAAAUUGAAAACCCUAGUCAUUGGCGACUCCAUUACCCGCAGUAUUAGACUUAAAACGAAUCACCCAGCGAUCAUACACUGUUUACCAGGGGGCAGGGCUACCGACGUUAAGGCUAAUCUUAAGAUGGUGCUGGCUAAAGCUAAAUCUGGCGAGUGUAGAGAGUAUAGAGAUAUUGUUAUCCACGUCGGCACCAACGAUGUUAGGAUGAAACAGUCAGAGGUCACCAAGUGCAACAUAGCUUCAGCGUGUAAAUCAGCUAGAAAGAUGUGUCGGCAUCGAGUAAUUGUCUCUGGCCCCCUCCCAGUUAGGGGGAGUGACGAGCUCUACAGCAGAGUCUCAGCACUCAAUCGCUGGUUGAAAACUGUUUUCUGCCCCUCCCAAAAGAUAGAAUUUGUAGAUAAUUGGCCCUCUUUCUGGGACUCACCCACAAACAGGACCAAGCCUGACCUGCUGAGGAGUGACGGACUCCAUCCUACCUGGAGGGGUGCUCUCAUCUUAUCUACCAACAUAGAUAGGGCUCUAACUCCUUUAGCCCCACAAUGAAAUAGGGUGCAGGCCAGGCAGCAGGCUGUUAGCCAACCUGCCAGCUUAGUGGAGUCUGCCAAUAGCACAGUCAGUGUAGUCAGCUCAGCCAUACCCAUUGAGACUGUGUCUGUGCCUCGACCUAGGUUGGGCAAAACUAAACAUGGCGGUGUUCGCCUUAGCAAUCUUAUUAGGAUAAAGACCUCCUCCAUUCCUGCCAUUAUUGAAAGAGAUCGUGAUACCUCACAUCUCAAAAUAGGGUUACUUAAUGUUAGAUCCCUCACUUCAAAGGCAGUCAUAGUCAAUGAACUAAUCACUGAUCAUAAUCUUGAUGUGAUUGGCCUGACUGAAACAUGGCUUAAGCCUGAUGAAUUUACUGUGUUAAAUGAGGCCUCACCUCCUGGUUACACUAGUGACCAUAUCCCCCGUGCAUCCCGCAAAGGCGGUGUUGCUAACAUUUACGAUAGCAAAUUUCAAUUUACAAAAAAAAAAAAAAUGGCGUUUUCGUCUUUUGAGCUUCUAGUCAUGAAAUCUAUGCAGCCUACUCAAUCACUUUUUAUAGCUACUGUUUACAGGCCUCCUGGGCCAUAUACAGCGUUCCUCUCUGAGUUUCCUGAAUUCCUAUCAGACCUUGUAGUCAUAGCAGAUCAUAUUCUAAUUUUUGGUGAUUUUAAUAUUCACAUGGAGAAGUCCACAGACCCACUCCAAAAGUCUUUCGGAGCCAUCAUCGACUCAGUGGGUUUUGUCCAACAUGUCUCUGGACCUACUCACUGCCACAGUCAUACUCUGGACCUAGUUUUGUCCCAUGGAAUAAAUGUUGUAGAUCUUAAUGUUUUUCCACAUAAUCCUGGACUAUCGGACCACCAUUUUAUUACGUUUGCAAUCGCAACAAAUAAUCUGCUCAGACCCCAACCAAGGAGCAUCAAAAGUCGUGCUAUAAAUUCUCAGACAACACAAAAAUUCCUUGAUGCCCUUCCAGACUCCUUCUGCCUACCCAAGGACGUCAGAGGACAAAAAUCAGUUAACCACUUAACUGAGGAACUCAAUUUAACCUUGCGCAAUACCCUAGAUGCAGUUGCACCCCUAAAAACGAAAAACAUUUGUCAUAAGAAACUAGCUCCCUGGUAUACAGAAAAUACCCGAGCUUUGAAGCAAGCUUCCAGGAAAUUGGAACGGAAAUGGCGCCACACCAAACUGGAAGUCUUCCGACUAGCUUGGAAAGACAGUACCGUGCAGUACCGAAGAGCCCUCACUGCUGCUCGAUCAUCCUACUUUUCCAACUUAAUCGAGGAAAAUAAGAACAAUCCAAAAUUUAUUUUUGAUACUGUUGCAAAGCUAACUAAAAAGCAGCAUUCCCCAAGAGAGGAUGGCUUUCACUUCAGCAGUAAUAAAUUCAUGAACUUCUUUGAGGAAAAGAUCAUGACCAUUAGAAAGCAAAUUACGGACUCCUCUUUGAAUCUGCGUAUUCCUCCAGGGCUUAGCUGUCCUGGACCUGCACAGCUCUGCGAGGGCCUGGGAUCGGGAGAGACACUUAAGUGUUUUAGUACUAUAUCUCUUGACACAAUGAUGAAAAUAAUCAUGGCCUCUAAACCUUCAAGCUGCAUACUGGAUCCUAUUCCUACUAAACUGCUGAAGGAGCUGCUUCCUGUGCUUGGCCCUCCUAUGUUGAACAUAAUAAACAGCUCUCUAUCCACCGGAUGUGUACCAAACUCACUAAAAGUGGCAGUGAUAAAGCCUCUCUUGAAAAAGCCAAACCUUGACCCGGAAAAUAUAAAAAAUUAUCGGCCUAUAUCGAAUCUUCCAUUCCUCUCAAAAAUUUUAGAAAAAGCUGUUGCGCAGCAACUCACUGCCUUUCUGAAGACAAACAAUGUAUACGAAAUGCUUCAGUCUGGUUUUAGACCCCAUCAUAGCACUGAGACUGCACUUGUGAAGGUGGUAAAUGACCUUUUAAUGGCGUCAGACCGAGGCUCUGCAUCUGUCCUCGUGCUACUAGACCUUAGUUCUGCCUUUGACACCAUCGAUCACCACAUUCUUUUGGAGAGACUGGAAACCCAAAUUGGUCUACACGGACAAGUUCUGGCCUGGUUUAGAUCUUACCUGUCGGAAAGAUAUCAGUUUGUCUCUGUGAAUGGUCUGUCCUCUGACAAAUCAACUGUACAUUUCGGUGUUCCUCAAGGUUCCGUUUUAGGACCACUAUUGUUUUCACUAUAUAUUUUACCUCUUGGGGAUGUUAUUCGAAAACAUAAUGUUAACUUUCACUGCUAUGCGGAUGACACACAGCUGUACAUUUCAAUGAAACAUGGUGAAGCCCCAAAAUUGCCCUCGCUAGAAGCCUGUGUUUCAGACAUAAGGAAGUGGAUGGCUGAAAACUUUCUACUUUUAAACUCGGACAAAACAGAGAUGCUUGUUCUAGGUCCCAAGAAACAAAGAGAUCUUCUGUUAAAUCUGACAAUUCAUCUUGAUGGUUGUAAAGUCGUCUCAAAUAAAACUGUGAAGGACCUCGGCGUUACUCUUGACCCUGAUCUCUCUUUUGACGAACAUAUCAAGGCUGUUUCAAGGACAGCUUUUUUCCAUCUACGUAAUAUUGCAAAAAUCAGAAAUUUUCUGUCCAAAAAUGAUGCAGAAAAAUUAAUCCAUGCAUUUGUUACUUCUAGGUUAGACUACUGCAAUGCUCUACUUUCCGGCUACCCGGAUAAAGCACUAAAUAAACUUCAGUUAGUGCUAAAUACGGCUGCUAGAAUCCUGACUAGAACCAAGAAAUUUGAUCAUAUUACUCCAGUGCUAGCUUCCCUACACUGGCUUCCUGUUAAGGCAAGGGCUGAUUUCAAGGUUUUACUGUUAACCUAUAAAGCGUUACAUGGGCUUGCUACCUAUUUUUCCGAGUUGGUCCUGCCGUACAUACCAAUACGUACGCUACGGUCACAAGACGCAGGCCUCCUAAUUGUCCCUAAAAUUUCUAAGCAAACAGCGGGAGGCAGGGCUUUCUCCUAUAGAUCUCCAUUUUUAUGGAACAGUCUGCCUACCCAUGUGAGAGACGCAGACUCGAUCUCAACCUUUAAGUCUUUACUGAAGACUUAUCUCUUCAGUAGGUCAUAUGAUUGAGUGUAGCCUGGCCCACGAGUGUGAAGGUGAACGGAAAGGCUCUGGAGCAACGAACCGCCCUUGCUGUCUCUGCCGGGCCGGUUCCCCUCUCUCCACUGGGAUUCUCUGCCUCUAACCCUGUUACUGGGGCUGAGUCAUUGGCUUGCUGGUGCUCUUUCAUGCCGUCCCUAGGAGGGGUGCGUCACUUGAGUGGGUUGAGUUACUGACGUGAACUUCCUGUCUGGGUUGGCGCCCCCCCUUGGUUGUGCUGUGGUGGAGACCUUUGUGGGCUAUACUCGGCCUUGUCUCAGGAUUGUAAGUUGGUGGUUGAGGAUAUCCCUCUAGUGGUGUGGGGGCUGUGCUUUGGCAGAGUGGGUGGGGUUAUAUCCUUCCUGUUUGGCCCUGUCCGGGGGUUUCUUCGGAUGGGGCCACAGUGUCUCCUGACCGCUCCUGUCUCAGCCUCCAGUAUUUAUGCUGCAGUAGUUUAUGUGUCGGGGGGCUAGGGUCAGUUGGUUAUACCUGGAGUACUUCUCCUGUCUUAUCCAGUGUCCUGUGUGAAUUUAAGUAUGCUCUCUCUAAUUCUCUCGUUCUCUCUUUCUCUCUGAGAACCUGAGCCCUAGGACCAUACGUCAGGACUACCGGGCAUGCUGACACCUUGCUGUCCCCAGUCCGCCCGGCCUUGCUGCUAUUCCAGUUUCAACUGUUCUGCCUGCGGUUACGAAACCCCUACCUGUCCCAGACCUGCUGUUUUCAACUCUUAAUGAUCGGCUAUGAAAAGCCAACUGAGAUUUAUUCCUGAUUAUUAUUUGACCAUGCUUGUCAUUUAUGAACAUUUUGAAAAUCUUGGCUCUCUCUAAUUUUCUCCUCUCUUUCUUUCUCUCGGAGGACCUGGGCCCUAGGACCAUGCGUCGGGACUGCCGCCCGUGGUGACUCCUUGCUGUCCCCAGUCCGCCUGGCCUUGCUGCUAUUCCAGUUUCAGCUGUUCUGCCUGCGGUUAUGGAACCGCCACCUGUCCCAGACCUGUUGUUUUUCAACUCUUAAUGAUCAGCUAUGAAAAGCCAACUGAAAAUUAUUCAUGAUUAUUAUUUGACCAUGCUUGUCACUUAUGAACAUUUUUGAACAUCUUGGCAUAGUUCUGUUAUAAUCUCCACCCGGCACAGCCAGAAGAGGACUGGCCACCCCUCAUAGCCUGGUUCCUCUCUAGGUUUCUUCCUAGGUUUUGGCCUUUCUAGGGAGUUUUUCCUAGCCACCGUGCUUCUACACCUGCAUUACUAGCUGUUUGGGGUUUUAGGCUGGGUUUCUGUACAGCACUUCGAGAUAUUAGCUGAUGUACGAAGGGCUAUAUAAAAUAAAAUUGAUUGAUUGAUAUAGCAUUCUUUGCAAUACAAUCUUCUCGAAAAAAAAGUUGUACAAUGUGCUCUGCAAUAAGAUAAGUUCAAUAAGUUUGAAUUCUAAACCAGAUGAGUUCUUAAAUGGCAGCUGCCCAUAACCAUAGCGGGCAUGCAUGAUGUUGGAUGCAUUGGAAUAUAAGGUAUGGAGAAUGAUACAGAGCCUGUAGGAUUAUAGAAAAAGCAGUUGGAAAAUGAACGUUAAAGUUUAAAAUACAACAUUUGCUGUGACUGUGAGUAUAUAUUUAGGUGGUUUCAAUGAUUCACUUUCCUAUUAACUUUAUAGGAACGUCAAAUCAAAUCAAAUGUUAUUAGUCACAUGCACUGAAUACAACAGGUAUAGGUAGACCUUACAGUGAAAUGCUUACUUACGAGCCCCUAACCAACAGUGCAGUUUCAAGCCGAAGAACACCAUCCCAACCGUGAAGCACGGGGGUGGCAGCAAGAUGUUGUGGGAGUGCUUUUCUGCAGGAGGGACUGGUGCAAUUCACAAAAUAGAUGGCAUCAUGAGGCAUGAAAAUGAUGUGGAUAUAUUGAAGCAUCAUCUCAAAAAAUGGCUCAAGAACAACAGAGUCAAGAUAUUGGAGAGGCCAUCACAAAGACCUGACCUCAAUCCUAUUGAACAUUUUUGGGCAGAAUUGAAAAGGUGUGUGCAAGCAAGGAGGCCUACCAACCUGACUCAGUUUCACCAACUCUGUGUCACGCCCUGUCCAUAGUUUGCUUUGUAUGUUUCUAUGUUUUGUUUGGUCAAGGUGUGAUGUAGGUGGGCAUUCUAUGUUGUAUGUCUAGGUUGUCUAUUUCUGUGUUUGGCCUCGUAUGGUUCCCAAUCAGAGGCAGGUGUCAGUCGUUGUCUCUGAUUGGGAGCCAUAUUUAGGUAGCCUGUUUUCCUUUGGGUUUUGUGGGUGGUUAUUUCCUGUGUUAGUGUUUUCACCAUACGGGACUGUUUCGGGUUGUUUGUUUUGUACUUUUGUUAUUUCGUUCAGUGUUCUGUUUGAUUGAUUAAAUAUAUCAUUAUGGACACUUACCACGCUGUGUAUUGGUCCGAUCCUUGCUACUCCUCCUCAGACGAAGAGGACAAAACCCGUUACACUCUGUCAGGAGGAAUGGGCCAAAAUUCACCCAACUUAUUGUGUGAAGCUUGUGGAAGGCUACCCAAAACGUUUGAUCCAAGUUAAACAACUUAAAUGCAAUGCUACAAAAUACUACUUGAGUGUAUGUACACUUCUGACCCACUGGGAAUGUGAUGAAAUAAAUAAAAGCUGAAAAAAAUCA